UCCCCGCUGCAGGAGGGGUGGAACCCGGACUGAUCCGAGAGCCGAGAGUUCCCGGUGCUCCUGCAGCCGCUUCUGCUGCUCCAUGCGCCGGCUGAGCGUCUGCGCGCUGCAGGCAGCCUGCUGCUGCUGCUGCUGCUGCUGCUCUGGAGGAGAGAUGAUGGAUCCAUCCCGCCGUUGAAUCGACUCCAUCGAGAUAUAUAGUGUGAUGUAUCUCGCCUCUCCCUGGCGGGCUGCGAGGGCAUGAGACUGCGAGGCACGCGAGAUCUCAACCCUGACUCCUACCUGGAACUAUCCCCUCCUCCUCCUCGUCCUGUUGCGUGGUUACCUGGCGUUCUCAGCAAGGGUGUACGCCUUCGUCUGCGCUUGGAUCGCCGUGACAACCGGGGGCGGGGCUGCUGGCAGCUGGUGGACUCGGAGGCGGAGUCAGAGCCAGUUGGGCGGAGGCUGAGGAGCCAGGCCCCCGAAACCUGCGCUCAAAGUCUGAUGAGUACCCUGUCUGCCAGCUCAGAGAUGCAGACUCCCGCUCUCGGCCCCCAGUUCAUAGCGGGGCCCCAGGUCAAGGUACCUGGCAGGAAGCGAGGACGGCCUCCGAUCCGUAAACUGGAGUUCCAGAGUCACUACGUAGAGCCUCUGUUGCCUCUGUCGCCUCUGUCGCCUCUCAAGGCCCCAAAGAAGAGAGGCAGGAAACCUGGCUAUAAGCUGAAGCCCAGGAUGGUGAUGUCCCCACUAGGUAACUCUCCUCCCAGCAGCACACCGGGACCUGAGAUGGGCUCCAUCCCACAGGACGCUGCUAUUGUCCCCCACUCUGCCACACCACAAGUCCUAACAGCGGAGACGUCGAUGCCUGAUGACUUCUUAUGUGACCCUCCAGUGGACUCCAAGCGCUACGCUGUCGAUCCCAGCGACUCCGCCUUCAAUGUCAUGACAUCACAGUACCCACCAAAGCACGCCUAUGGUUACCGGGGCAGCAGUUGCUCUACCCCAAUGGGCUUGUGCAGACAAGCAUCGAGCCCAGGAAGCUUCCAAGAAGUAAACAGGAAUGCUUACAGUCCGAUGCCAGACUCUGGAGAGUGCAAGCGUCCUGCUGGUAAGGACCCGUCCAGCUGGGGUGUCGAGGAGGUCAUUUGGUUCAUCAAAGAUGCUGACCCCCAAGCCCUGGGACCUCACGCUGACACAUUCAGGAAGCAUGAGAUAGACGGAGACGCUCUGCUCUUGCUGAAAAGUGAGAUGAUGAUGAAGUAUCUGGGACUGAAGCUGGGACCUGCACUUAAACUCUGUUACCACAUCGACAGGCUUAAACAGAAUCGGUCGUGAUUCGCUUUGGAGGAGCCAAA